GAAAACGACAUCGAAAAGGUCCUUUGAUUCGUAACAGAUGCUGGUUGCAAAGAACUGAAGGAACCAAGCGACACUGCGAAACGAGAGUAGCUAGCAGAAGAGAAAAGAAGAAAGGGGCAGGCAGCUAAUCAUGCCGAAGAAAGCUCCAAAAUCAAAGAAACGUAACUCUUCUUCAGCUUCCUCUACCUCUUCUAACGCCCUCAGGAAAAUCUCCAAUGGCAUGGAUAAAGACAAGAGACCAAAGUCGAAAAAGAUGCCAAAGAAGAAAACCGCGAAAUUUGAUGCUAAGAAGCCCAAGAAGCCCCCGACUGCUUUCUUCUACUUCCUGGAGGAUUUUCGAAAGGAUUUUCAAGAGCAGAAUCCAGAUGUCAAGUCUAUGCGUGAUAUUGGAAAGGCAUGUGGUGAGAAGUGGAAAACAAUGAACUAUGAGGAAAAAGUUAAAUAUUAUGAUAUUGCCACAGAGAAAAGAGCCGAGUUUGAUAAAGCUAUGGCAGAAUAUAUUAAGAAAAAGGAAAAUGGUGAAUUUGAAGAAACUGAAAGUGAGGAUGACUCUGAUUUUAAUGACUAAGAUACUAGCAUUGUAUGGGAUAAUCAUUGUUUCAGUAGGAGUAAGAGGUGCAUGGCAGCGUGGAGACAGAUUGUAUAUUAACCUAUGGGCCACUUUGAUCUUCUCUUUUCACAUUUCUGCAUGAUUUUUGUGUAAAUUUCUACUUGGCAAUUACAUCUAGGGAUUGCAGAGAAGACUUGAUAAUCAAUGUGAAUUAACUCUUAAGUAAAUAACAAAGAUAGGAUAUCUGUCAGGAAAUGUUACUGUUACAAGGUGGUUAAUAGUGGACUUGAUUCUUCC